AUGACAUCAUCAUCCAAAGGAAUUUUCCGGCCAUUUCUAGUUCUCUUCAUUGUGCUUGGCUGUUUCAUGGCCUGUCUGCUGAUCUACAUCAAACCCACAAGUGGCUGGAUCUCUAGCCCUAUUGAAUCAGCCAGCUCAGUUCUAAAGAUGAAGAACUUCUUCUCAAUCAAAAGUGAUUACAUUAAUGAAACAACAAUUCUGAUAUGGGUGUGGCCAUUUGGACAGACAUUUGAUCUGAAAUUCUGUCCCACAUUUAAUAUCCAUGGAUGCCAUCUGACUACGGACCGCACGCUAUAUAACCGGUCUCAGGCAGUUCUCAUUCACCACAGAGACAUUAGCUGGGAUCUGACUAAUUUACCUCAGCAACCUAGACCUGCAUUUCAGAAAUGGAUCUGGAUGAACCUGGAAUCUCCAACCCAUACUCCACAAAAGAGCGGGAUUGAACAUCUGUUCAAUUUGACCCUCACCUAUCGCCGGGAUUCAGAUAUUCAGGUGCCUUAUGGCUUCAUGAUAGUUAGCACAAAUUCCUUUGAGUACGAAAUGCCGAAUAAAGAAAAACUCGUAUGUUGGGUAGUGAGUAACUGGAAUCCUGAGCAUGCUAGAGUUAAGUAUUAUAAUGAAUUAAGUAAAUAUAUUGAAAUUCAUACCUACGGACAAGCAUUUGGAGAUUAUGUCAGUGAUAAAAAUUUGAUCCCCACUAUUUCCACUUGCAAGUUUUACCUUUCUUUUGAAAAUUCUAUCCAUAAAGACUACAUUACAGAGAAACUCUACAAUGCCCUUUUUGCUGGAUCAGUGCCAGUUGUUCUGGGUCCUCCCAGAGAAAACUAUGAGAAUUACAUCCCAGCUAAUUCUUUCAUACAUGUGGAGGAUUUCCUGUCUCCAAAGGACCUUUCAGACUACCUUCUGAUGCUUGACAAAAACACUAAACUGUAUAUUAGCUACUUCAACUGGAGGAAGGAUUUUUCAGUGCGCCUUUCUCGAUUCUGGGAAUCACACGCAUGUCUCGCUUGUGACCAUGUAAAGAGACAUCAAGAAUACAAGUCUGUUGGUAAUUUAGAGAAAUGGUUUUGGAACUAA